UUCAUUACAACAUAAAUCAUUCAUCUUCUUAUAUAUUCUCCAAAGAUAACUUAAAAUGGCUGUUAUUACUGUCGAGCUCGAGGUUGCUUCCUCAUAUCCUGCUUCCAAACUUUUCAAGGUCUUUAGUGAGUUCGAUACCCUUGCACCUAAACUUGAACCUGAAACAUACAAAGCCGUCGAUAUCAUCCAAGGUGAUGGUGGUGUUGGAACGAUCAAAACCAUUACAUACGGUGAUGCUGUCCCAUUCACAAGCUCAAAGCACAAGGUUGAUUCAGUUGACGUAAGCAACUAUAGCUCAGCAUACACCAUCUUUGAAGGCGAUGUCUUAAUGGGCAUAGUAGAAUCUGCCAAUCAUCAUGUAAAGUUUGUACCUUCUUCUGAUGGAGGAUCCGUAUACAAGCACACAGUGGUGUUUACCUGCAAAGGUGACAAUACUGUACCUGAGGAAACUAUCAACCUUAUGAAAGAAGGAUUUAAGAAGAGCUUUAAGGGGUUUGAAGCCUACGCCAUUGCUCAUCCUGAAGCGUACUGAGUCAUAUGGGAUCCACAUGUUUUGGCUCAAUAAGACACGGUUUGGUUUGUCAGUACCCAU